UUUUUACUGUAUGCUGUUUGAUUUGAGUGACAUCACCAGUUCCGUCCCAACGCGGAAAUGUGCAAUAUUUGUUAUUUUAUUAUAGGAUCGGUUGUUUGGCAUGUUACAGACUUAUGCUGAACCGUCACAGUACUGUAAGUGAUUGAGUAUGUCGCUGUGAGGUUUUUCCGACACUAUGUGAUAAUGGUGUUUUGCUGCAGGAGUUUGGAGCCCGUUCGACCUUAGUGUAACUUAUAUUUACUGACACGGACCGAGAACACGCCGCGACUUUAACCAGAUUUAGGGAGAGAAUGAUGGACUGGAGACAGAUGCUGCUGCUGCCGUUGUUGCUUGGCUUCGCUGGGAUCGUGUCACAGUGUGAGGGAGGAAGUUCAGUCUCACUCCCGGAGUCUCUGCUCUUUGUUUCUACACUGGAUGGAAGUCUGCAUGCCAUCAGUAAACAGACAGGAGACAUCAAAUGGACACUGAAGGAAGAUCCCAUCAUACAGGUUCCUACAUAUUUCCAAGAGCCAGGCUUUUUACCGGAUCCCAAUGAUGGCAGUCUGUAUGUUCUAGGAGGCAAGCGCAAAGAGGGUCUGAUGAAACUCCCGUUCACUAUUCCAGAAUUGGUCCAGUCUUCUCCCUGCAGGAGCUCUGAUGGAGUGCUCUACACAGGUAAAAAGCAGGACACUUGGUUUGUGGUUGAUCCUCAGACAGGUGAAAAACAGACAAGUCUGAGCACCUCCUCCUCAGACUCCAUAUGCCCAUCUGCUCCUCUGCUGUACAUUGGUCGCACAGAAUAUAUGAUCACCAUGUAUGACACGAAGAGUCAGGAACUCCGCUGGAAUGCCACCUACAACGACUACUCCGCUCCUCUCUAUGAUGACAAGAAAUAUGAAUACAAGAUGUCGCACUUUGCAUCGAGUGGGGAUGGUCUGGUGGUUACAGUGGAUCGGGACUCUGGUGAGGUCUUGUGGAUGCAGAAGUUUGAUUCUCCAGUGGCAGGGUUCUACUUAUGGAGUCAGGACAGUCUGCGGCGAGCUCCUCACAUGACAGUUGCAACAGAAACCCUGCGUUACCUGACCUUCACUGCCGAAAACACACAGUCCCACACCAUGAAGUGGGCCUAUCAGUUCACAAAGGAGAGCCACAGCACUAAGACUCAGCUAGUUCCUACUCUCUAUGUUGGCAAGACGGACUCUCAUCUGUAUGCUUCUACCUCCCUUGUGCAUCAAGGUGUUGCAAUAGUGCCAAAAGGUCUCACUCUUGCGCGCAUUGAGGGGCCAAUGACAGCUGGCGUCACAAUGGGUAAUGGGCGGCCCGAGUGUGAGAUCACGCCCAGCACUGAUGUGAAAUAUCCACCAGGAAGCAGCACCUCCCUGCAGAAUCAGUGGCUGCUGAUUGGUCACCAUGAAGUCCCUCCUGUGGCUCACACCACCAUGUUGAGAGAUUUCCCAGAGAACCUGCAGCGCUCUGGUGAUGUCAUCCCACCUCGAGGUUCUGGUUCUUCUUUCCGCUCUGCCUCUCACCCAUUGCCACCGGUAACAAAGCCCAGCUCUUCCCCCGUGUUGCCAGACUCCUUGACCUCUGACCCCAUGACCGUGCUGGUGGUGACACUGCUGCUGGGAGCAUGGAUUGCCUUCCUGCUAACACACAAAAGGCCUGUCAAAAUAUCCCAGAGAACCGAAGAGCCAGUGGACUCCAACCUUCUGCCCGGGCUGGCCAAUCAGAGCACUCCCACAGAACCAAACACUCCACACUCAACAUCAUCCUACAGCAACAACAGCAAUUCAGAGAAGACUAGUUCUGUUGCAUCCAAUCAAACAAAGCCAUUCUCAAGCAAAGACUCCGCCCCAAUAACGACAGCCAGCCAAUCACAGAAUGAACAUCCUGACGUUGUGGAAGUUGGUAAAAUCACUUUCAGUCCGGCUGAGGUGUUGGGCCAUGGGACGGCGGGAACCUUUGUGUUCCGGGGUCAUUUUGACGGUCGGCGUGUGGCGGUGAAGCGUAUCCUUCCAGAGUGUGUAGAGUUUGCAGAGCGAGAGGUUCAGCUCCUCCGUGAAUCAGACGAGCAUCCCAACGUCAUCCGUUACUUCUGCACAGAGCGGGACAGACAGUUCACUUACAUUGCCAUAGAGCUGUGUGCCGCCACACUCCAGCAGUAUGUGGAGGACCCAAGCUGUCCUUACUCAAGCCUGAACCCGGUGUCCCUGCUGGACCAGACAAUGUGUGGCCUCAGUCACCUUCACUCCCUCAACAUAGUUCACAGGGAUUUAAAGCCACGGAAUAUUUUGCUCUCACUCCCGGGGGCACUGGGUCGAGUCCGGGCAGUGAUCUCAGAUUUCGGCUUGUGUAAGAAGCUUCCAGAUGGUCGCCAUAGUUUCAGCCUACGCUCUGGGAUACCAGGAACCGAAGGCUGGAUUGCCCCUGAAUUACUCAUAAAUGCACCGAAAGGGAACCCUACGAGUGCAGUGGAUAUAUUUUCUGCAGGAUGUGUGUUUUACUAUGUGACGUCCAAAGGACAGCAUCCAUUUGGUGACACUCUGCGGCGUCAAGCUAAUAUCCUCUCUGGAGUCUAUAACCUCGACCACUUUAUGGAGGAUAUACAUGAGGACGUGAUUGGCAGAGAUCUGAUUGAGCAGAUGAUCAGUGCAGAGCCAGAGUCCCGUCCUUCAGCAGCGUCUAUCCUCAAACAUCCCUUCUUCUGGAGUCCAGAGAAACAACUGCAGUUCUUUCAGGAUGUCAGUGACAGAAUAGAGAAGGAGCCGGCAGACAGCGCUAUAGUGGCCCGUCUGGAGAACUCAGGCAGGUUUGUCGUAAGAACCAACUGGAGGAUGCACAUAUCAGCACCACUGCAGGCUGAUCUUAGAAAAUUUCGUACAUAUAAAGGAAACUCUGUGAGAGACCUACUUAGAGCAAUGAGAAAUAAAAAACAUCAUUACCAUGAACUCCCAUCAGAGGUUCAGAUAGCUCUCGGUGAAGUCCCUGAUGGCUUUGUGGCAUAUUUUACCUCCCGUUUCCCCCGGUUACUGCUUCACACACAUUCAGCGCUUAGCAUCUGUGCCCCUGAGAGACUGUUUCACCCAUACUACCACCACUAAACAUCCACAGAGACAUGCUUGUUUGUUCCUACACUGGACUGGAGAGGAAAAGUAGGGUGCUUGAGGAAACAGAGACUUUGAAGACUAGACUAAACACUACCGAUCUAUAAUUCUGGACGUCAGAACUGCGAGCACAUUUUGUUUUGGGGUACUACUGACAAUUUUCUCCAAAACAUCUCCACUGGACUUGCUGAUUUGAAUGCCUAUGCUUUUAUAGAGGCAGGUUUUAUAGGUCAGAUUAAGUUACUGAGUUUAUUAAUGGGCUUUUACAAAGCUGCCAUUGUUUGCUGCUGGUUUUGCUGACAGAACCAAAUAGCAAAGAAAUAAAAAGGCCAUAUUUUCUGAUGAGUUGACAUCAGCCAAUAGAUUGGCAUAUGUUCCACCAUUUCUGUCAGUUUGUUUUAUUUUACUUCUGGCUUUUAACACGCAAGAUUACGUGAAUCUCCAGCCGACUACUUAUAUUCUUGAUAGGUAGAAUUCUACGUGGUAAAAGUAUUUUUAUAUUAAGGACAUGGUUUCUUAAAGGGAUAUCUCACUGCAAAAAUUAAAAUUCUGUAAUCAUAUAUUCACCCUUGUGUCGUUCUCGAGUCAUACGAAUGACUUUCUUCCAUGAAACACAAAAGGAGAAAGUUUUGUGCCAUUUUUCCAUUCAAUAACAAUGAAUGGAUGCUUCAAAAGGGUGAAAAAUACUCUAAAAAUAUCAUAAAUGUAGUCUAUCUUGUGCAGUAUAUUCUAAGUGUUCUGAAGCCAAAACAGAGAGUCUGUUUUCAUUUUUUGGUGAACUAUUCCUUUAGUCCGGUUACAUGCUAAAAGAAUGAUAAAAGCCAGCACAACAUCUAUUGAUAUUAGCAAAUAUAUGAAGAUCUUUGAUAAUUUGUGAACUAAAAACAAGAAAUAUCUUUUUUUUUCCUGUGUCAUAUUGUACACCAAGUGUACUGUACAUGUAUUUGUGUGAUUCAGAUAAAUUUGGACAUUUUUUUUCCCCCUUUGUGUUUUUAAUUGCAGUUUCAUGCUACAUGUACGGAUCUUCUACAGUCUACCACACAUUGCAGUUUCAACCUCAUCUCUCUGUUACAGCUUUAAAACACAAAUAUGGUGUUUUCUUGAAGUAUUUUUACAGCCUGCUGUACACUAGUUUUAUACUACUAGUUUAAAAAAAAAACAUUUAUUUUUAUAAAUUAAGUGUUAUGAAGAUUUUUGCCACUGGAAAUAUUCACCAAAUGUGGAAAUACUAGUGCCUUUGUUUUUCUACCAAAUGUUGAGUAAAUUUAUAUUAUGUUCUGCCAAAAAAAAAUCUGUAAUGCAACUCUUUGUUAAAGUGCCACACAUACAAAAACUGUUAUACUUGAUUCAGAUUAAUGUUGUUGCAAACAGGUUUGUUACAGAUUUUCAUUGCACAAAUACUGACUGUAUCAGGUGAUAUUCACACACUGUGAUGAUUACAAGGUACUUAAUUAAAAAUAUCAUUAUAUUACCAUGGUGCAUGUACAAAAACAUGGUAGUACCAUGCCACUUUACUAUAGCAUCUACAACAGACUAUUGGCCAACUUCAUGGAACUACAUGAAAAAUGUUCCAGUUAAACAUGUUUUACACUGACUUGGUGCCCUUUUUGUUUAGUGCGCAAAUAAAUAAACUGUACUUUUAAGCAUUUUA